CACAUACCGCUUGCCUCUUCCGCCACUCUUCCUUCGUCCCUCAGCCUCCCCGCACGCCCCUCUCUCCCGUCCCCCACAGCUCAUCGCGCGAUGGCGCCGCGCCCUCAAGCCCAGCCGCCCCCGUCCACCUCCCGCCAACGUGCCUCCUCGGACCCCUUCAGGGCUCUCCUCCAGCCCCCAGAGGAUGAGACGCCAGAGCAGCGCGAGGCACGCCUCAAGCGAGAGGAGGAAGCGAAGAAGCGCAGCGACAAUAUCGACCGCAUGCUCAGACACGACGACAAGAACCGCCGCCGGAAGAAGACCGUCAAGGUCCUCCUGCUCGGCCAGAGCGAGAGCGGGAAGAGCACGACCUUGAAACAAUUCCAACUCUUGCACACACCUGCUGAGUUCCGCCAGGAGCGACUGGCGUGGCGCUUUGUUAUCUACCUCAACCUCGUCCGCUCUGUCCGCAGGAUCCUCGAGGCGAUCGCGCCGGAGGAAAACAACGGCCUCGAUGACGACGACUAUGGCGACUCCUCUGAGCCGGCCUCUAUCAUUAUCAGCGGCCCCGAACGGCCAUCCUCCUCGCUCGCGGGCUCACAGCCGAACUACGAGUACUACCGCCACCGACUCGCACCGCUCAUGGACCUCGAACAGCGCCUGAUCACCGUUCUCUCCGACCCUGAGGACAACGCCGAACAGGAAGCCACGCACCUCCCCGCCAGCUCAUCUUUCCCGGAAGCUCCCCGCAACCUGCACCACGCCCACUCCACGACCUCCUUCCACGCCGGGCGGCCAGCGCCCCGCAUCACCAUCCCGCCUCCCCCACCGCUCUCCACGAGCCCGUCCACCUCGUCGUCCUCCUACGGCUACUCCUCGUUCUCCUCCUCGUCCCACGGCCACCCGCUCUCGUCGCAGCUCUCGCCGACGUCGCCCACACCGUCGUUCAUGAGCAACCCAACGGACGAGCUCGCUGUGCGCACGGGCUCGAGCUGGCGGCGGCACUUCACGAACCUCGGAAAAGUGCAGAGCCAGAAGACGCCGCUCUCGGGCGAGGUCAAGGGCUGGUGGGAGGACCCGAACGACCCGGUGCACACGCUCAACCGCAGCGCGGAGACGAUGAAGGAGCUCUGGCGCGACCCGCGCGUCCGGCGCCGAUUAGAGGAGAAACAAAUACGGCUGGAGGAGAGCAGCGGGUUUUUUCUCGAAGAGAUCACCCGAGUAACGGCGAAGAUGUACUUCCCCACAGACGACGACGUGCUGAAAGCGCGGCUGAAGACGACGGGCGUCGUCGAGCACACCUUCUCGCUGGCGAAGGACAGCGAGUGGCGCGGCGUGGAGUGGAAGAUCUACGACGUCGGCGGCGCGCGGAAUCAGCGGCAGGCGUGGGCGCCGUAUUUUGACGACGUGAACGCAAUUAUCUUCCUGGCGCCCAUUAGCGCGUUCGACCAGAUGCUCGCCGAGGACCCGUCGGUGAACCGCCUGGAGGACUCGUUCCAGCUGUGGAAGUCGGUGGUCGAGAACAAGCUCCUCGCGCACGUCAACAUCGUGCUCUUCCUGAACAAAAUCGACCUGCUCAAGAAGAAGCUGGAGGACGGCGUGCGGCUACAGCACUACCUGACGUACGACCACCCAAACGAUUUCGCGACGAUUACACAUUGGUUCCACAACCGAUUUAGCAUAAUACACCAGAAGUUGACCCCGAACAAGGACAGAGAAAUUUAUAUCCACUUGACAUCCGUCACCGAUACCCGGAGGACACAUACCAUAAUCUCAAGAGUCCGCGACAGCAUCCUGACAGCGAACCUAAAGUCAUCCUCGCUGAUGUGAUGCGAGAUCCCGCGGGCCCUCCCCUGUCUCUAUCUUCGGCGUCCCGCCAGCCAGCCGCACCGCUGCGCCGUGCACGCCAUCAUGUGCGUGCGCCUUCGCCUUCCAUGCCUCCGAGGGUGUUCGACUGAUCGCAUCGCGAACUAUACGCGCUUCGACAUCCUGCUCGUCGACCCCGCACGCACGCACAUGAACUUACGCCCAUACCCGUGGACGCGCGCGCGUGUAGGCCUAUGCCGUGCGCCGGACUCUUGUGCACGCCGGAACCUCAAUCUGUACUCUAUAUCCUGGAAUAGUACCCGCCGCGGCAGGCAUACGCAUACGCAUACGUACGCGCCGCGUCGCCCGCGCCCUCCUUGCCUCCCUCCACCAUCCAAAGGCUGUCUUUUUAGCUGAGUCGCUUCGUCUGGACUGUUUGCAUCGUUCUUCGUUUAGUCGUUUGGCUGCCUUCGGAUUCGAGAUACGACUGCCUGCCGGUUCCGACAUGUGUUGCAUAGUGUACGCUCCCAUAAUCUGCAAUCGCCUUCCUCGUGUUUAUAAACUC